AUGCUUUUAAAGCUCACUCAUGGGUCAUCUAAAUUGUCGGUAAUAUUUCAGGUUAUAGUUCACCCGUUCCAUUCCAAACGCAUUUGGAAUCGUCCACUAUUCGUCCUUCCAAGCCUCUGGCUUCUAGCAUUCUUGAUGGCCACGCCAAUGCUGGCCUUUUCCACCGUCUCAACGGGUCUCACGAUUGUGAAAACCUCGACGCCACGACUUGUCUGCAUCGAGGCCUCCCUUCAGAAUCCACGGCUUCAGCGGUUCAAGUAUGCCUACGGUAUCUUUACCCUUCUCUGCCAGUACGUCGCUCCCAUAGUAAUCCUCGUCGCGGUCUACAUCCGAAUUUGUACACGAAUUCGCCAGCUUUCCAGCGCGCGGACAAAGAACAGUCAACUGGCGACGGUGAUUGCAGGUCCUGGCGUCAACCGAAUGGAUGUUCUCUCCAUUAACGACGAUCCUCAUCGGACCUUCCUGGAGGUCGGUGACCUCCCGAGUCGCUCGGUCAGCGCCAACAUGCCGUCUGGACAGGGGGGCGACGACGUAAUGUCCUUGGCGUCACAGCGGAGGAAACAGCAAGACCGCAUUCACUGCCAUCUCAAGCGACAGAGGCGAGCCAAUCUCCUCUUGACCUGCGUCUCCCUCGUUUUUGUACUUUCUUGGCUGCCCCUUCACGCCGUGAACAUCAUCAUGGAUUACAAGGAGUCGUCGGCAACGUUGGCGCCGCGCAAUCGAACCCUUGAUGAUGCGAUGGAAGGUCGCUUUAUGGGUGCGCGUCACAUAACCCUAAUCCAAUCCUUCUGCCUUCUGUGCGUCCUCUUCUCGUGCUGUGUUAACCCCCUUCUCUACGGCUACCUGAAUGAAAAUUACAGGAAGGAGAUCCUAGAAACUGUGCUCUGCUGUUGCUGCUGCCGUGUCAAAAUGACACAUCGACAGCGAAGCCGUCGGCGACACAACUAA